AUGGCAGCAUACGCAGCUGUUGUUUCUCUCAUGAAUAAUCUGGAGCAGAUCGGGAAUCAUCCUCGCCUCUCCAGUUGUUUCGACGACAACCAGAUCCAAUCUCUUGGCGAAAAACUAGCUUUCUUGCUGGAAUUCGUAGAGGGCGUCGGAAUUGCAAGCGAAGAAGUUAAAGGUUUGGAGAGGCGAAUCGCAUCAGCUGCUCACGCAGCAGAGGAUGUAAUUGAAUCGCGCGUAGUGGAUCAAAUUCAUGCUGGAUUCCAGGACAAUGGUCCAAUUUUCUCGAUCGAUUUGCAGAUGAUUAUGCAAGGUAUGAGUCUUAUACAGGAAGAGGUUGCUAAGGUUGAAAAGGAGAGGCCAUACCAAGUCCAGCAACCCACGCGACAUUCUCGAGCCGGACGUUUUAGUUCUGAGAGGAACUUUAUGUUGGGAUUUGAUGAAGUGCAUCUUCAACUUUUGGAUCGGCUGACUGGUGGUACACGUGAUCGGAAUAUAAUCCCAAUUGUUGGUAUGGGUGGCACUGGUAAGACUACGUUAGCUAAACAUUGUUAUGAACAUCAUCUCACUAAAGAACAUUUCGAUGUUCGUGCUUGGGCUAGUGUAUCUCUAGAUUACAACGUGAGAGGGCUUCUCCUUGAACUUCUUUCUUGCUUAAUAGGAUCCACCAAUAAAGUAGUUGAAUCUACUGUAGACGAAUUGGGUGAAGGGUUACACAAACAUCUAACGCGUAGGAGAUACUUAAUUAUACUAGAUGAUAUGUGGAGUGUGGAAUGCUGGAAUCAAAUAAAAUAUUUCUUGCCGGACAAUAACAAUGGGAGUCGAAUCAUUAUCACCACUAGGGACCUACGAUUAGCUUAUCAGUUUAGCUACGUCAUGUCGGUGCACUCUUUAAGUGUGGAGGAUACUUGGAUACUAUUAUGUCAUAAUGUAUUUGGUCAUGAAGAUUGUCCUCGUGAAUUAAAAGAUAUUGGAAAGAUUAUUGCUGAACACUGCCAGGGACUCCCUUUAGCAGUUACUUUGGUCGGGGCGAUACUUAGAGAAUCAUCUAUGACGAGAGAAUACUGGGAGCAUGUUGCACAAAAUAUUGGUUCAAGGCUGAAUCAUGAUAUGGAUGAUGGAUUGCGUGCCAUAUUAAUGUUGUCUUAUAAUGCUUUGCCUGCUUAUUUGAAGCCUUGUUUUCUUUACUUGGGAAUAUUUCCUGCGGACCAGGAGUUUAGUGUUUCCCGGAUCAUUAAACUUUGGGUUGGUGAGGGAUUCCUAAAACCACAUGUAGGCCGAACGUUAGAAGAUGUUGCUGAGGGUUACAUGAAGGAGCUCAUUGAUAGGAGCCUCAUUGUUGUCUCCACUAGAGGAUUAAAUGGGAAGCCUAAAAACUGCAUACUUCUUGAUCCUGUGAGAGAGUUAUGUUUAAGGAUUGUGUACAUGGAGAAGUUUCUUUCUUUCGUGGGGACAGGUAGUACUCCGGCAGGCACAAAUAGCGAGCGUCAUUAUGUAGCUCUUGACAGUAUUGCGGAUAAGCAUAAAGAUCCACAAUUCUUUCAUGCUAUGGAAUCAUCAUUACUAGCCCGCACUCUGAUAUGUGAAAGUCCAGCUCUGCUGUCAUGUAAAUCAAGACUGUUGAGAGUAGUGACUGAGGUUUAUAGUGAUUCACUAGAAACUACUCUUCAACAAGUCAACUUGCGGUUCCUUGCCUUUGAAUCUAUAUGUGCUCCGAUUGGUUGGAUCCGGACUUACGAGCUUCCUUCAUCUAUAUCUCUGCUGUGGAAUGUGCAGACGUUAAUAAUGGACGGAAACAUUGAGGAAGUUGUUGCACCAUCUGAAAUUUGGGAGAUGCCACAACUUAGGCAUCUUUGUUUCAACAGGAUUCGCCUGCCUGAACCUCCUGCAAGUGAUGAUGAUGAUCUCGUAGUUCUACGAAACCUACAAACACUCAGAACGGCACUGGAUUUCAACUGUAGUGAAGAGGUCUGUAAGAGAAUGCCAAACAUUAGGAAGCUUGGAAUCUUUUAUGAUGAUUUCUCAGGGGAAGGUCAGAAUAAUUCUUGGUACUGCAUCGAUCAUGUUGGUUACUUUGCCGAGCUGGAAUCACUAAGCUGCUGUUUCCAUAGAGUGCCAGAUCGGGAUGAUUUGGUGCAGAACCUCAAGUUCCCGAUCUCACUCAGGAAGUUGAUAUUGCAAGACUGUGAGCUUCACUGGGAUGACUUGUCAGUCAUUGGUUCAUCGCUCCCUAAUCUUGAAGUUCUCAAAUUGAAAUGCCAAUCAGUUAGAGGAGCCAAGUGGGAAACUGUUGAAGGGGAGUUCCCUUCUCUGAGGAUACUUGAAAUUGAUUCCUGCUAUCUCAUUUACUGGUUUUCAGAGUCUAGCCACUUUCCUAGGUUGGAGAAACUCGUUCUUCGUAGAUUGUACAGGCUGAAUGAGAUUCCUUCUGAAAUAGGAUAUGCGGCAAUACUUGGAAAUAUUUCUGUGUUUGAAUGCAGCAUUUCUGCAGCCAUUUCAGCAGCUCGAAGACUGAAGAAGGACUGUGUAAUUCGAGUUGGAUUCAGAAAAGAGAAGGAAGUGGCGGAAUUCAGGGCAAAGCUGGAACUAGAGGGCCUCAGAAGCUAUGGUCUUCAAAUUGAUGAAUUGUGA